CAGUUAUCCAGAAGGUGUCACACACCUGCUGGAUAAUCACACCCCUAACACAGCAGGUCUGAAGAUCAAAGAGAUCCUUUUAACAUGAAAUUGCACUCCAGUUUUUUUUUUUUUGGUUUAAAAAAAAAUUAUUUUUGUCUUGAGCACCAAUGGUUACCAUGGAAACUACAUCUACUGUGACAUCCUUCAUACUGAUGUCAUUCACCGAACUGGAAGAUCGCAGAUAUUUAUACUUCAUAUUUUUCCUUCUUUGAUGAGCCUAGCACUGACUCUACAUCCAGGUGACUAUGGAAAAUUUAUCAACUGUGACAUCCUUCAUUUUGACGGCAUACGCUGAACUGGAAGAUCAUAAAUAUUUAUACUUCAUAUUUUUACUCAUCGUGUACUUUCUGAUAUUAUUGGUAAAUGCAGUUCUAAUUGCAGUAAUAUGCAUAGAGAGAGGUUUGCAUGGGCCUAUGUAUUUGUUUAUAUGUAACUUAGCAGUUAAUGGAGUGUAUGGUGGUACCUCUUUAUUACCAUCUAUGCUUCACCAUUUGUUAUCCAAUACUUAUGAAAUAUCUCUGUCCUUUUGUCUAUUACAGAUAUACUGUUUACACACAUACGGUGCAGUUGAAUUAAAUAUUUUAUCAAUGAUGAGCUAUGACAGAUAUGUUGCCAUUUGUCAUCCAUUACACUAUCAUCAGAUACUGUCUCGUAGAAAAGUUUGCACCCUUAUUACAUUAUCUUGGUCUCAUGCCCAUAUUCUUUUUGGACUGUUUUUCAUAUUAACUGUACAGCAUACAUUUUGUGAUGCAAUCAUAGAAAAAGUAUACUGUCUUAAUUUUACAUUACUCAAACUGUCUUGUUUUGAAAUUUCUUUGGAGAGCAUGGUUGGCUUUGUUGUUGCUAGUUUUGCACUUGUUCCACAGCUGCUCAUGAUACUAUUUUCCUAUGCACAAAUACUCAGAAUCUGCCUGUUUGCUUCUAAGGAAUCUCAAGCAAAAGCUAUUCAAACGUGCACCCCACACUUACUGGCUGUGAUUAACUAUGGAGUGGGAUGCUUUUUUGAGCUCAUUCAAAGCCGGUUUAAGGCGACUCAUAUACCUUAUAAAGCGCGCAUAUUUAUGUCCCUUUACUUUAUGGUAAUACCCCCUGUAAUUAAUCCUGUCAUUUAUGGAAUUACCAUUCAAGCAAUCAGAGUUCAGAUUCUCAAACUCUUUAGUGGUAUGAAAAAGUUGGUAAUUAAGUAAUUUCAAGCUUGUUUCUUUAUCACAUAUUUAAGCCAAAUAUUCUCAUUUGAGUUAUUUACUUUUUAGAAUCCGUGACACACUCUAAUGAUGCAGAUACAGAUAUAUGUGUGUCAUACAGUGUAAAAUUACCUGAUUUGCUUGACAUUAUAAAAAAAUUGUGUGAAUUCAAAGUGCAUUUGUGCUUCCAUUAUAUAUUGGUGGGUUUGUAUUUUUUUAAAUAAACAUAUUUAAUGUCUGA